GCGCUCCUCCGAAGACGACGGUGCGGCCGGUGCCCCGGAGGACUGGCGACCCCCAGCUCGCGGUCUUACGAGGCGCGAGGGCCGCACUGGGGGAUGGACAAGGGCAAGAUGGACGAGAAUGAAUGGGGAUACCACGGCGAAGGCAACAAGAGCCUGGUUGUGGCCCACACGCAGCGUUGUGUGGUACUACGUUUUCUGAAGUUUCCUCCCAACAGGAAGAAGACCUCGGAAGAAAUAUUUCAGCACCUACAGAACAUAGUAGACUUUGGCAAAAAUGUCAUGAAGGAGUUUUUGGGGGAGAACUACGUUCAUUGUGGGGAAGUGGUUCAGCUGCCUUUAGAUUUUGUGAAACAGCUUUGUUUAAAGAUACAGUCUGAAAGACCAGAAUCUCGCUGUGACAAGGACCUGGACACUCUGAGUGGUUAUGCUCUGUGCCUUCCCAAUUUAGCCAGACUUCAGACCUACCAUUUUGCUGAGCAUCGGCCGAUUCUGUGUGUAGAGAUCAAGCCAAAAUGUGGGUUUAUUCCUUUCUCCAGUAAUGUUACACAUGAGAUGAAACAUAAGGUGUGCCGUUACUGCAUGCACCAGCACCUCAAGGUGGCAACUGGGAAGUGGAAGCAGAUAAGUAAAUACUGUCCCCUUGAUCUCUACUCAGGGAAUAAACAGAGAAUGUACUUUGCCUUGAAAAGCUUGUUGCAGGAGGCACAGAACAACUUAAAGAUAUUUAAGAAUGGGGAGCUGAUUUAUGGCUGCAAGGAUGCCCGCAGCCCCACGGCCGACUGGAGUGAGUUGGCAUAUCACCUGAAACCUUUCUUCUUCCCGUCCAAUGGUCUGGCCAGUGGGCCCCACUGCACAAGGGUUGUGAUUCGAGAGCUGGUGCGCGUCAUCACACGAGUGCUGCUUAGCGGCUCAGACAAGGGCUGGGCAAGUGCCCUGAGGCUGGGGCCAGGGUCGAAGGGCCCAUGUGUCUGUGAAGCCAGCCCUUUCAGCAGGAGCCUGCCUCACCAAGGAAAAAGCAGCCUAGAGCACGCGGGGUUACCGAAGGGCUGUCUUCUAUAUAAAACCCUUCAGGUGCAGAUGUUGGACAUGCUGGACAUCGAAGGCCUCUACCCUCUGUAUCGACGGGUUGAGAGGUACCUGGAGGAGUUUCCUGAGCAGAGAAAAACAUUGCAAAUAGACGGGCCUUAUGAUGAAGCAUUUUACCAGAAGCUACUCGAUCUUUCCACUGAGGAUGAUGGGACAGUGGCUUUUGCGCUGACAAAGGUUCAGCAGUACCGGGUUGCCAUGACUGCAAAGGAUUGCUCCAUCAUGAUCUCACUCUCCCCUUGUCUUCAGGAUGAAAGGUCUGAUCAAAGGCCCAUCGUCCCUUCAUCAAGAUCCAGGUUUGCCUUCUCCGUGUCUGUACUGGACCUUGACCUUAAACCCUAUGAGAGCAUCCCUCAUCAGUAUAUACUGGAUGGCAAGAUAGUCAACUACUAUUCAAAGACUGUACAUGCCAAAGACACCACCAUGAUGUCGCCUAGGUUUAAGGAAAGUGAAGAUUGUACAUUAGUUCUCCAUAAAGUCUAACUUUUUUCCUGUUGUCAUUGAAACUUGAACAUAAAAUGUGAAGGUUGAACAAUA